CGUAACAUUUGUAAAUGGCCGUCGGUAUUAGGUUAUUAUUUUGUAAAGUUCGUGUAAGUUAUGUUUAUUAAGUUUAAAGAUAAACUUCUUUACGUUAAGAAGGGAUACGUAACUAAGUGACCCCUCCGCGAACCUAGAUAAUUUAUUGUUAUUAUAAGAAUAUAACGUAAUUUAACUCUUAAUUGAGAUCUGACCAACGAAGUGACCGCUUCGUCGUACACUAUAUAAAUGCAAUUUGAAGAAAAACAAGUGAAAGAAAUCAAUAAAGAAGAAAAACACUUCAACAACCCAAGUGCCAGAAUGCCGAACAUAAAAGUGUUUACUGGAAGCUCUCAUCCAGACAUCGCGAAAACUAUCGUCGCAAGGCUAGGUCUAAACUUGGGCAGGGCCACCACUAAGAAGUUCAGUAACAAAGAAACCAACGUUGAAAUCGGCGAAUCCGUUAGAGGUGAGGAUGUCUACAUUGUUCAAAGCGGCUGUGGGGAAAUAAACGAUAACUUGAUGGAACUUUUCAUAAUGAUAAACGCGUGCAAAAUUGCAUCAGCAUCGAGAGUAACGGCGGUUGUGCCCUGCUUCCCGUACUCGAGACAGGACAAGAAAGAGAAAAGCCGGGCGCCGAUUACGGCCAAGCUACUUGCUAAUCUGAUUUCUGUAGCCGGAGCUGAUCACGUCAUCACAAUUGACCUACACGCGUCACAGAUCCAGGGCUUCUUCAAUAUUCCCGUCGACAAUCUUUAUGCUGAACCAGCUAUUACCAAGUGGAUCAAAGAAAAUAUCCCAGAAUGGAAAAGCAGCGUCAUGGUGUCUCCAGACGCAGGCGGGGUGAAGAGGAUGACCGGAAUCGCUGAUCGUCUUGAUAUCGAUUUCGCCAUUAUCCACAAAGAAAGGCAAAGGGCUAACGAAGGAGAUUCUACGGUUCUUGUUGGGGAUGUGAAGAAUAAAACUGCAAUCAUGGUUGACGAUUUAGCUGAUACAUGUGACACAAUACUCAAAGGUGCUGAAGCGCUCCGCGAAGCCGGCGCCAAUAAGAUUUACGCGUUCUUAACCCACGGAAUAUUUGCCGGGAACGCUAUCGAAAAAAUUAACAAUUCGUCCUUGGAAGCAAUCGUGGUGACAAACACCAUACCGCAAGAAAAAAAUAUGAAAUUGUGUCCGAAGUUACAAACAAUAGACAUUUCUGUGAUGCUCGCGGAAGCCAUAAGGCGUACUCAUUAUGCCGAAUCCGUGUCGUAUCUUUUUACUAACGUGCCAUAUUAAUAAGGUUGUUUGUAUGAACAGAUUAUCGGUAGUAUAAUGGGAUCGAAUGUGUAGCCCUUGCUUUACUGAUAUUCACUAUAGACGGUGAUCAUGGAACAUCUUGUAGAACGUAAGCUUAUCGAACAACCAUCAUCAAUAACUUGAAAACUAAAUUCUAAAAAAAAAAUGAUUAUUUGCAUGUCAUAUUCAUGUUAAGGAACUUUGUAGAAAACGUGCCGCUACGGGGGGAAAAAGUAUAAACAAUCACUAUGCUUAAUUUAUAACACACAUGAACAUGUAACAUGACUUAUGAAUCUAUUAAACUCAUACUAAUUUCAUUCGAAAUAUUUUUGGAUAUUGAUAUUUAUGGCUUAGCCAGUAACUACAUCAAUACAUAGUAAUGAUUUUUUAACAUCAUAUUUUUUUUAUUUGACUAUUGUCUUAAAAACAUUUCAAAUCUUCAAAAUUCAUGUUGACUAUUUCAAAAUCUUUACUAAUUGGGUCAAGAUCUGAGGAUGUCAUGACCGCAAUCAUAGAAUAUCUACCAAUACAGUCCACAAGCAUAGACCAUUAUAUCUAUAUUGUGUCUAACUCGUAAUCUAAAAGUUUAUCCGAAUUUGUGCAGCGAAAUAUAAGCAAUUAUAAACUUUAAUCAGAAUUGGGAACGAAGAUUAAGCAAUUAUAGUUUAAACUUUAAUCGGAAUUGGUAAGAACGAUUAUCUCUUUAAUUAUUAAUACCUUUUAAAGAACUUAACAUAUAAAAUCUAUCUAAUAUAUAAAAUUCUCGUGUCACAGUUUUCGUUGCCAUACUCCUCCGAAACGGCUUGACCGAUUUUGAUGAAAUUUUUUGUGCUUAUCCGGUAUCUAUGAGAAUCGGCCAACAUUUAUUUUUCAUCCCCCUAAAUGUUAGGGGUAGUCCACCCCUAAAUUUUUUUUUUUAAUUUUUAGACAAAAAUUUUGUAUUUUAUUUUUUUAUGAUACAGCAUACAAAAAUACAUACAACCCUAAAUUUGUACCCCUCUACGAUCAACCCUUAUUUUUUAUUUGCUAAUAAAAAACUUUAAAAUUUUUUGCGAGAA